AUGACUCAGGAGCAGUACAUCCUUGCAGCGCAGCCCAACCCGCUCCACCAACGGGGGGCGUCCAUGUGCGGUGCCCAGGUUUACCCGGCAGUAGGGAUCUAUGGCUGGAGGAAGAGAUGCUUGUACUUCUUCAUCCUCCUCCUCCUCGUCACCAUGAUCGUCAACCUUGCACUGACCAUCUGGAUCCUCAAAGUCAUGAACUUCACUCCGGAUGGCAUGGGGAAUCUACGGGUGACAAAGGAAGGUGUCCGAUUGGAGGGAGUGUCUGAAUUCCUGCUUCCUUUAUACGUCAAAGAGAUCCAGUCUCGUAGGGACAGUCCGUUGGUCCUUCAGUCAGACAGAAAUGUGACCGUCAACGCUAGAAACGAUCAGGGACAACUGACUGGUCAGCUAAUCGUGGGUUCAGAGAUGGUGGAGGCUCAGUGUCAGAGGUUUGAGGUGAGGAGCCUUGAUGGAGAGAGAGUUCUGUUCUCAGCAGAUGAAGAGGAGAUAACUAUCGGCACUGAGAAACUUCGAGUCACAGGGAACGAAGGUGUGGUUUUCAGCCAUUCUGUAGAGACAUCACAUGUGAGGGCAGAACCCUUCCAGGACCUGAAGUUGGAGUCGCCGACUAGGACUCUUACCCUUGAGGCCCCCAGAGGAGUCGAGAUCAACGCAGGAGUGGGAGACUUCACAGCGUCCUGUAGGAAAGACCUUCUCCUCCAGUCGUCAGAAGGAGAGAUCUUUCUAGAUGCCAACACCAUCAGACUGGGCAACAUCCCCCUUGGCAGUGCUGUGGACCCCCUGGAGGGGGCGCCUGCAGGUACCACCUACACUAAACAGACUGUCUACGAGCUGUGUGCCUGUGCCAAUGGAAAGCUCUACCUGUCCCCAGCUGAGAAAGGCUCUACCUGCCAAACCACUAGUAACUUUUGUCUCUGGAGCUGA